CAAAAACCGACGCAGGGGGAAUCCAGAAGUUUUAUAAAAAGUAUUUUCAUUUUUCUCGUUUUUAGUAUAUUAGAAUUAUUGAUUUUCCUUAUAUACGGCCAAGUUAUAUGCGUGGUGGUAAAAACUGACUAGUGGUAUCGUUUAUCGCAACAAAAUUUAAAAAACAAAAUCGUGUCUACCAUGCUUUAGACACACAAAAUGACUCCCUUUCAUUAUUUUAUUCAGAGAAAAUUGAAAAAGAAUAAAAAAAUAAACAGCUUUUAAGUAUGGUUACGAUCAGUGAUGGACAGAUAAGAAUAUAACUAAAAAAACAGUUUCAAAUAACUUUGAACUCUAUUUACCCUAUGUUAAUUUCGAUCCAAAUGUAUUUAAAACAAUAAUCAGCGUUACCAACCCUACUGUUUUAACAGUAGAUUUGCUGUUUUCACAUUGAUGACCAUGUUUUCUGUUUCAUUCCUAUUUUCUACUGUUUUUCGCGUUCAGCGCCACCUAAUACACUACUAUGCAAACAUUUUUUGAUAACCACUACGCAAUAAAACGCAAUGACAAACCACUACGUAAUAAAACGCAUUGAUACUAGAUGGCAGUAUCUUUAUAUUUUUAUGCACGGGGAAAUCCCUAUUUACGAAUAACAGCUACACGCCUAUUGUAUUGCGUAGCGUAGGUAUUGUUUUAUAGUCACACGUGACAACACCUUGAACAGUUUCUUUGAAUUGCGGCGUCUAUUUUGAAAAAAUAAUAAUUACAAAGUUUUUGAUAAAAUGAGUAGUGAUUCAUCGACUGGAAAAAGUCCUCCUAAGAAGAAAAAUGUGAAAUAUGAACAGAAAUUCGUAAAUCCGUGGUUAAAAGAUGAUAGGUUCAAAGGCUGGUUAAAGAAAAGCACUAAAGGUGAGACAUUUCUUUUGUUCUGCGUGUAAUUGCGUCAGAAAAUGUGGUAUAAACGAACUGUUACGACACAAAGAUUCAACCAAACACGCGAAGAAUAGUUUGAAGUUACAAAAACAACAAAAACUAACAUCAAUGUUUACCUCAGCUUCCAAUUCACAAGACACGAAAAUUGCAGCUAAAGCGGGUGAAGUAAAAAUGGCCUGCCUUAUUGCUGAGCAUAAUCUGUCCUUUAACAUAGCAUCUCAUUUGAAUAAAUUGAUUUGCGCUAUAUGUCCAGAUUCGAAAAUUGCUGAACAAUUAUCCAUAAGCCGCACAAAAGGUAGAGCUAUUAUUGUUAAUGUAACUGGGCAGCCAGCUGAAGACAAUAUAAUAGAGAUGUUACAGAACAAUUGCUUUGCAUUACUUAGCGAAAGCACAUAUAAAUCUACGAUAAAACAUUUAGCGCUUGUCGCUAGAAUAGUAAAAUUAGAUUUCAGCGUUGAAGAUAGAUUUCUGACUUUAAUACCAAUCGUAGAUGGUACAGCAACAGCGUUGUAUGGCAAAAUAGUAGAAUAUUUUGUUGAAAAAAAUAUUCCUUACAAAUCAAACAUGAUAGGCUUUGCUUCUGAUGGCGCUAACGUUAUGUUUGGAGAUAAACAUUCAUUGGUCACUUUGUUUAAAAAUGACAUACCUCACCUUUUUACUAUGAAAUGCAUUUGUCAUUCUUUUAACCUAUGCGCAUCAUACGCAUGUGAGAAAUUGCCAAGGGGCGUGGAAGAUUUCUGUAGAGACGUAUAUAAUCCUGUACAAAAUUCUCCAAAACGUAUUGGAGAUUUCAAAACAUUUCAAGCAUUCAGAAAUAUUAAACCACACAAAUUACUCCACUCUAGCCAAACCAGAUGGUUGUCGCUUAUUGAGGUAGUAAAUAGGCUUCUAGAACAAUUACCAGCUAUCAAAUUGUAUUUUCAAGCUGCAGUUCAUGUAGAUAGAUUACUUUCUGCGUAAUCAAUUCUCUCCAAGGCUCUCGAAC